AAGAAAACGUCAAAACUGUCAAGUGAAAUGAAAUGUUGCGAUUUCUCUGAUUGAAAAAAUUUGAACACAAAUAUUUAAAUAAGAAAAGAAUAGGUAUCCAGUGAAGUGUUUAUUGUUUUAUAUUAUUCAUAAUGUCGGGGACAACAUCUUAUAAUAAUGAUAAAGUGGUUAUGGGUGAGGUGGAAUACCCGGCUAACGAUCCAGCGUCCGGGGCGUUUUUCCAACCUGAUUACAAGAAGAAUGAAGACUUGAAACUCAUGUUAGAUGGGUCGAAGGACUCGUUGAAGCUGGAGGCUAUGAAGAGAAUCAUUGGUAUGAUAGCUAAAGGCAGGGAUGCAUCAGAUUUGUUUCCAGCGGUAGUGAAGAAUGUGGUAUCAAAGAACAUAGAAGUGAAGAAGCUGGUGUAUGUUUACUUGGUGAGAUACGCUGAGGAGCAACAGGAUCUAGCACUGUUGUCUAUCAGCACCUUCCAGAGAGCGCUCAAGGACCCAAACCAAUUGAUCCGUGCCAGUGCUCUCCGAGUACUCUCAUCUAUCCGUGUGCCAAUGAUAGUUCCUAUAGUGAUGCUAGCCAUCAGAGACUCUGCCAGUGACAUGUCGCCCUAUGUCAGGAAGACUGCUGCUCAUGCUAUACCCAAGUUAUAUAGCUUGGACCCAGAACAGAAAGAGGAGCUAGUAUCGAUAAUAGACAAGUUGUUAUCAGACAAGGCGCCUCUGGUUGUUGGUUCAGCUGCGAUGGCGUUCUCUGAAGUGUGCGGGGAACGCAUGAGUCUUAUUCAUAGGAGUUACAGAAAACUGUGCUCUUUACUAGCAGAUGUGGACGAGUGGGGACAGCUUACAUUGCUCAAUGUGCUCACUGUAUACGCUAAGACUUGCUUUGCAGACCCCAACUCGGAGACCUACUCAAGCGACAGCGACACAGACAAGCCGUUCUAUGAGUCCGAGAGUGACGGCACUCCCCGCAAGCACUCGUCCACCUCCCCUUCGCUAGACGCCGACCACCGACUCCUACUCCGCGCCGCCAAGCCGCUGCUACAGAGCCGCAACUCCGGAGUCGUACUCGCUGUCGCACAGCUGUUCUAUCAUUGUGGCCCAGCACAAGAGCUGCCUCCGGUGGCGAAGGCAAUGGUUCGCUUGCUCCGCGCUCCGCUGGAAGUGCAGAGCGUCGUGCUCAACUCCAUCGCCGCACUCACUGUUACCAGGAGGGCCCUCUUCGAACCGUUCCUAAAAUCAUUUUUCGUGCGCAACUCAGACCCUACUCACAUAAAACUGUUAAAACUGGAGAUUUUAACCAACUUGGCGACAGAAGCGAGUGCCGGGGUUAUACUAAGAGAGUUCCAGACGUACGUGACGUGCAGCGACAAGGCGUUUGCCGGCGCCACCAUACAGGCGAUAGGCAGGCUGGCUGUUGCGAUACAUUCCGAGACUGAGACGUGUCUGAAUGGGCUCUUACAUUUGUUGUCUAGUAAAGAUGAAUGGGUGGUAUGUGAGGCGGUGGUGGUGGUGAAGCGCGUGGUGGGCGGCGGUGCCACGUCCGCCCGCGCCGCUGUGUCCAGAGCUGCCAAAUUGCUGCGGUCUGACAGACUAGCGGGCGCGGCCCGCGCGGCGGCGGUGUGGCUGGUGGCGGAGCACGGCGCCCCGCACCCCCGCGCCGCGGCAGUGCUCGCGCACAUGGCGGCUAGCUUCGCCGAUCAGGAUGAGCUAGUAAAGCUCCAACUCCUAUCGCUGGCAGUAAAACUGUCAGUUACACAACCAGAUACUCUCCCCGUGUGUCGCUACGUAGUAUCCCUCGCUCGCUAUGACGUGAGCUACGACGUCCGCGACCGAGCGCGAAUGCUCCGUCGCUUCAUCGAGCCGCAGCCAGGGAAGCAGCUACAUAAGUAUGUAGCUGAUAUAUUCUUGCCGGAGAAGCCGAAGCCUGAUAUACAGAGUAGUUUUAAAGACCGCGGCACAUUCACAGUGGGUUCCCUCUCCCAGUACAUAGGCACCGCAGCAGGCGGGUACAGGCCGCUGCCGGCCGGCCCGCGCAGCACGCUCGCCGCGCACCUGCGCGACACCGCACCGGCGCAACACAUCAUGGCUGAGGAUACGCAUGACGCUCAGAAAAACAAGAGUUUCUACUCGGAGCCGGAGAGCAGUGGAUCAGGGUCCUCCUCAUCUUCUUCUGAAGAGAGUAGCUCUGAGGCUUCUUCUGAUGAGGAAGAGAGUGCUACUGAAGAUAAGAAGACUGAAAAACCCGUAAAAGAAACCAACAAUUAUAGAUCGUCCAACUCAGGCACAUCGGACAGUGAAUCGGACAGCGAAUCGGAAAGCGGAUCGGACAGUGAAUCCGAACAAUCGGCCGACAGCAGCGAGGAAGAACCUAGUAAGAAGAACGAAGUUACUCGUGAUAAGAAGCAAAACGCUCAACAACCAAAAGAAACGGAAAAAGAACAGAAAAGAAACGAGAAGUCUAACUUAGAACUGCUGUUGGAACUGGACGAGGUGGCGAGUUCUCUCCCCACCAUGACUCCCACGUGCGGGGGAUUCCUAUCUCCCCAAAGUGUGGCCCCCACACAGGGGAUAGGGGAUGCGGACAGCAUAACGCCGGUAGGUCCUUCCCACACGAACAGCACGCCGACGGAGGUGCUGGGCCGCGUGCGCUGGGCGGGCACGGCGCUGGCGCUGCGCUGGGCGCGGGCGCCGCAUCUCUACUCGCACACCAUGUGCGCUAUAGAUCUGAUAUUUACGAACCAUAGUGCCAAUGAAGUUACUAAUAUUAGGUUGCAUAAGAAGACACUCACAGGGUCCCGUAACAUCCACGAGUUCGCGCCUAUCCCGCUACUGUCCCCGUCCGCCACCGCCACCGUCACGCUGGGAGUCGACUUCGCGGACACCAUACAGCCCAUUGAGUUUACUAUCAUCAGUUCUAUAGGUGAAGUGCCAGUAUCGAUAACGCCACCGGUGGGUGAGUUGAUGCGAGCUGUCACCAUGUCGCAGUCGCGCUGGGACGCCGAACAUAAGAAGCUUAGAGGCAUGACUGAGUGUGACAAGAAGGCAGUAAAAGUAGAAGAUGAACAAACGAUAUGCAAGCGAGUGUUCGAGACGGCUAAUGUCGCAGCCAUUACGUCCACUGGAGAUUUUCUCAAGUUCGCAGGUCGAAUGAUGUCAUCACAAGACCUAGUGCUGCUAUCAGUCCGGUCCGAGGCGGACAGUUCCCGCGUGACGGCCAACUGUCAGAACAUGGCCAUCGCCUCUCUACUCGCCAACCAGGUUGCGCAGGCGUUGGCUAGGACAUAACCUGAUACUGUAUUGUAAACCUUAUGUAUAAAAUUGCCGUCUGAUUGAAUAUUUAUGAAGACUUAAAGCUUAAAAAAAAACUUAUUUUUUUACGUUCAAAAUGUACUUUAUUUGUAUUUCGACAACCAGAGAUUUGAUUUAUGAAUAAGAUGAGGGGCCCGUUCUGCUAAGUUUAUUAUGUGACCAUUGGUACUCCAAUGACGUUGCAUUCGUUUGUUAUUGAUCUGCCUUUUGGUCUAUAGGGUAGUCUGCUCUACAAUCAUAUUGCGAUCGUAAAUUAUUUGCAGACAAUAUGAUUAAUUAUUGAAUGUAUGUAAUAUUGCUGCUAUCAGUCCGGUGUUAGGCGGACAGUUCCCGCGUGACGGCCAACUGUCAGAACAUGGCCAUCGCCUCACUACUCGCCAACCAGGUCGCACAGGCGCUGGCUAGGACAUAACCUGAUAGUGACGUUUAUUUACUAUUGUAUUGUGUACCUUAGGGUGCGUCUACACGGUGCAUGUAGCUGGAGCAAGUUAACAUGCGCAAGUGACAAGAGCACGCGGGUGGGUAUUGUGCUUUGGUACAUGCGCGAGUCGCUGGACCCGCACGUGUUUAAAAUAAAUGUAACCUGCGCAUGUGUGCACCGUGUAGAUGCACCCUAAUGUUUAUUUACUGCUGUAUUGUGUACCUUAUGUUAUGUAAUGUUGCCGUCUGAUUUAAUAUUAUGUGUAAGGUUAUGAAGACUUACGGUCAGUUUCACCGGGUACUGAUAGUCAUCGAUAGCCUAUCAGGAACUUAUUCGAUCUUCAUGUUGAACAAUGUACCUUAAUUAUUUGUAUUUUGACAAUUAGGGAUUUUAUAACCUUAGCCACUUUAACCCAUUUUUUCUUUACUAUAAGAUCUGUUUGUAUACUCUACAUGGUCUAUAGUCUGUUUUUUUAAUCUCGUAGACCAAAUUGACACUUGCAAAAUGUCAAACUUGCAAAUAAUGUUGCUAGCUUUUUUGUGCAGUGUUGUAAUUACGAUACCGGUUUGUUGAAUCGUAACUU